AUGAAGAAUCUUCUUAUUGUUAUUGUCUUGUUACUACUACUGAUUAUUGAUCACUUUGGUCUAUCUACAACGGCCCUAGUCUUCAGUUCUGGGAAACCAAAUAAUCUAGGUCCUAUUCGAGAUACACCUCCUUCAUCACCUAAGGAUUAUGGUCGUUACAAAAAACCAUUUUAUGUUGUUGAUUAUUCAUGGGUAUCACCAUUUUUGGUCAACUUUUUUUCAUUGAAAAAUUGGGAUUUCAAAUCGAUUUCUACACCAAAAUAUUUCAUUGCCAUUAAUGUUGUCAAUAUCAAUUAUGAAGCCAAUGCUUUUCUCUAUGUUAUUGAUCGGACAAAUGCCAAUCAAAUCUAUAAAUAUUCAUCAAAAUCAAUUCUAGCAACAGCCAUUAAAGAAAAAGCUAAAUCAUCAAUCAAUGGUUGUACUCACUAUCGUCAAUCGAAUACUGAAUAUAUUCGUCUAUGCUAUAAUUCUAUCGAGAAAGCAUUCCAAAUUGAAGCAAUUGUUCCAGUCAAUGGUGGAGUUCAAUUAUUAUUGAAUUGUAAAAUGCAAUUUUCUCAAGAAACCGACGAUUCAAUGGUUCUAUUAUAUCCAAUACAACAAUAUCGUCCAGCUUAUACUCACAAAAUCGCCGCCCGACCUGUUCAAGGAACACUAAAAAUUGGUAAUCAAAAUCAACAAUUGAUCGAUGGUCUCGGUAGUGGAGAUUGGACAUUAGGCUUUUUCGAGCAUACAACUAAGUGGAAAUGGGCUUCAUUAUCAGUAGAUGGAAUAGAUUCUGUCAACGGCCAAUUGGUAAGAAUUGGUAUCAAUCUUUCCGAUGAACUUUACAAUGAUAAUAAUGGUAUUUCGAUGGAAAAUGCUAUUUGGAUCGGAAAUCGUGUUUAUACUGUCGAUAAAGUUAUCUUUCAAUUAUCAAGUCAACCUUCGCAUUUCGAUUCAUCCAUCGAUACUACAAAUAGUCCAAUAGUUCAUCUGACUUUUCAACCGUGGGGAAUUUACGAAGAACAUGAACAUUUGUUGCUCAUUAAUAUUGACUUUGUUCAACCAUAUGGAACUUAUAGUGGAACAAUUGAAUAUCUUGGUCAUACAUAUCAGAUCGACAAUGGUGUCGGUGUGGUGGAAACUAUGUCUGCUAUAUGGUGA